CUAAAUUCAAAAUUGUGCCACAUUUGAUUUCGUUUCUGCUUUUCUUGUUCUUCUAGGAAGCUUUAGUUGUUGAAUCGAAUUCAAUUGGGUGUAAUUGAUUAGAGAACUUGGUUGUUGUUCGCAAUUUUUGAAAAAUCGAAGCUCAUAGAUUUUGUAGAGACUAGUAAUCAUGUUUUUGGUGGAUUGGUUCUAUGGAGUUCUGGCGUCGCUAGGUCUAUGGCAGAAGGAGGCUAAGAUCUUGUUUCUAGGGCUCGAUAAUGCCGGCAAAACCACUUUGCUUCAUAUGUUGAAAGAUGAGAGACUUGUUCAGCAUCAACCAACACAAUAUCCGACAUCUGAAGAGCUGAGUAUUGGUAAUAUUAAGUUCAAAGCCUUUGAUUUGGGAGGGCAUCAUAUCGCUCGAAGAGUUUGGAAGGAUUAUUAUGCGAAGGUUGAUGCGGUUGUUUACUUGGUGGAUGCAUAUGAUAGAGAACGAUUUGCGGAAUCAAAGAAAGAACUGGAUGCACUUUUAUCAGACGAAUCAUUGGCAAAUGUACCUUUCUUGAUUUUGGGCAACAAGAUUGACCUGAAUUAUGCUGCAUCUGAAGAAGAAUUGCGUUUCCAUUUGGGUUUGACCGGGUUGACCACCGGGAAAGGUAAGGUGAAUCUUGAAAAUUCGGGUGUUAGGCCAUUGGAGGUGUUUAUGUGUAGCAUUGUGAGGAAGAUGGGGUAUGGAGAUGGGUUUAAGUGGGUGUCUCAGUAUAUCAAGUAGGAAAAAAGAUCGAGAAAAAUAUGAGUUGUUAACUAGACAAGUUUAUAAUAUAUCUUUUUUUGUGGUUUUGGAA